AUUGUUGGAGUAGAGAACACACGAUUUUGUGUGACUCAAAAUGGGUCACAAUUCUACAACAAAGACCCAGGAAAAAAAGACCUUGCGCAUUUCAGCAGGGCCCAGAAAGUCAGGAUGGCAUCACCUGUGGAUGUCAUUGUGGUGGGGGCUGGGAACCGUGGGGAGACAUACUCACACUUUGCCUCCCUUCAGCCUCAACGCAUGCAAGUCGUUGGAGUGGCUGACCCCAGGAAAUUUGCACGGGAGAAACUUCAGAAGCAACACAGAGUAGCAAAUGACAACGUAUUUGCUGAUUGGCGUGGUAUAGUACAAAGGGAGAAGUUUGCGGAUGCUGUGUUCAUUUGUACCCCAGACCGCCAUCAUAAGGACCCCACUGUGGCACUGGCAAAGAAAGGCUACCAUAUUCUUCUGGAGAAGCCCAUGGCUGUAACAGCUGAGGACUGCACAGAGAUUGUAAGAACUUGCAUUCAAAGUGGUGUGAUGCUAACAGUGUGCCAUGUCCUCCGAUAUGACCCUGUCAUCCACAAGAUAAAAGUGCUGAUGGACAGUGGAGUGAUUGGAGACCUGGUCCAUAUUCAACACCUAGAACCGGUAGGCUUCUUUCACUUUGCCCACUCCUUUGUUCGAGGGAACUGGAGGAAUGAGGCUGAGAGCUCUUUUUCACUUCUGGCCAAAUCCUGCCAUGACAUUGACUUGAUACAUCACUGGGCUGGAGGACGAAGGUGUUUGAAAGUGUCAUCGUUUGGAUCUCUCAGUCACUUCCGCAAAGAGAAAAAGCCACCAGGUGCUGCAGACCGCUGCCUAGACUGCCCUGUAGAGGAAGCUUGCCCAUAUUCUGCACGCAAGAUCUACCUGGACAGAGUCAAACAGGGCUGUGUGGGCUGGCCCGUGUCUGUGAUAUGCUCCAGCUCUCUCCCAGACAUCGAGUCUGUGACCGAGGCUCUGAAAUCAGGGCCGUACGGCCGCUGUGUCUACCAGUGUGACAACGACGUCUGCACCAACCAGGUGGUGAACAUGGAGUUUGAAGGGGGUCUUACAGCUGCUUUUUCCAUGGUGGCAUUUACAGAGGAGAUAUGUAAGCGGAGAACCACCAUCUAUGGCAGCAAGGGGGAGCUGUCGUAUAACGGACAUGAGAUUCGAGUGUUUGACUUCCUCACAGGGAGGGCCACCAAGCACACGGCAGAGACUAGCGCCCCAGGGGCCUUUGGCAUGGGCGGGCACGGCGGGGCGGACUACCAACUGGUGGAAGCCUUUAUCUCUGCUGUGGCGAGUGGAGAUGCAUCUUUUAUUCGUUCGGGACCAGAGGAGACCCUGCUGAGCCACAAGCUGGUGUUUGAGGCUGAGCGGGCUCGACUGGAGAGCAAGGUGGUGUUCUGUGGGACUGACCAGGACUAGAGGGCUACGUGAAGUGGUGAAGUGCCAUAAUCAUCAUUUUGAUCAAACAUUAAUGAUUCAACACUAAUGAUUAUGACAGAGCAGAAUCAGGCAGCACAUGAAAAUGAUGAAGUAGCUAGUUAUUUAAUUUUACUGUUUGUAAUUUGUAGCUAGGCCUAGUGUUUUGAUUGUUUGGUUCUCAAGGAUUGUUUAAUGUGCACAUUCCAUGAAAAUCUUUUUCUUAACAAAAUGUGAUUAUAUAUGUACUAUUUGUCAUGUCAGCAACUGUUUUGAUGUGGAAAACUGAUUUUCAAAAAAUCCGAUAUUUUGAUCAUUUUAUAAAAAUGUUGAUUGUG